GAUUUAUAAUUUGCACAAUUCCAACGAAGAAAACAAUUGGUUAUUUUAAACUAUUCGCUUUGUUCUCAAAUUAAUAGAAUCUAAAAUCCUUUUAUUUUACAAGUAUUAAGUAAGAUUUACGCCUUUAAAGUAAAAGUAUAGUAGGGAGGAGAACUACUAGAAAGGAUAUUUUGAUAAAUUAUCGUGACGUAGUCGAGAGUGCGAUCCUACACUAAUUGCAGCAAGUAAUAAGGAGAUAAUUGUAUAAUGGAAGUUCACCUUAGUGAAACUGAAUCGCGCUACUUUAGCGAUUUGUUUCUUUGUUGUGACGUGGAAAAAGUUGGUAAAAUAUCAAUAUUAAAGGCUAUGGAACUGUAUCGUUCAGCGAAUUUGCAAAAUGAUAAAAUUUUAGAGAUAACUGCACUCGUCGGUAUACCUCCAUCAGCUAUACAUAUGUCUCGAGCACAAUUUUAUUCGUGCUUAAAACUUAUUGCUGCAUUUCAAGCAGGAUUACAACUGAGGCAAGAGAUCAUUACUUCAGAUCUUCAUUUGCCAUUACCACGUUUCAGCUGGAAAGAUUCGCCAAGUAAUAUUGCUACCGAUUUUAUUGCAAGUGGCUCAAGAAUACACCAGUCUACAAAUGAGUCAAACAUAAUUCCACCGCCUCCAGUCUCUGAGCGGAAAAAUUCAUUACCUCAAAAACAAAAAGACUGGAUGGUUGAAUCCUGUGGAGGUAAUACUUUACAGAAAGCUAUAGCAAACAGAGACGUGGUAAGCACUGAUUCUGAAAUUGAUCACAAUGAGUCGAAUGAGGGGGAUAGCGCCAAUCGGGCAGAUGAGAGUGGAAGCAGUGGCCAUGAAACUCUUCGUCUCAGGGGUUCACCAGAAGCAUGGAGUACAAACAGUGAUAGUCCCACUCCAACAAAUAGUGUGACAGAUCGUCAAUGGGCAAAAGAAACAUUAUGGCAAGGUUUGUUGGGAGACGAACAUCGACAGUUACUGGGUACAGAAGAAGAAUCUUCAGAUCGUCAUAGUAGUGAGGAUGAAAAUGAUUUAGAAAGUGUAUACCAAAUAACACCAGAGCAACGCGAUUAUUACUAUAAACAAUUUAAAUCAGUACAACUUGACAAUAAGGGUUUUAUUUCCGGCCAGGUAGCGAGGGUUUUUUUCGAAAAAUCAAGGAUACCAGUUGAAGAAUUGAAACAUAUUUGGCAGUUAUGCGACGUAUCACGUGAUGGUGCUUUGAGUUUGGCUGAAUUUACUGCCGCUAUGCAUUUAGUUGUACUGAGACGUAAUAACAUACCUUUGCCAGCCAUACUACCAUCUUGUUUACAUCCAACUAUACUGCAAUUUGGCUCACGGCUUAGUGCCAAAUUAACACUGGAACCACCCGAAGCUGAUCUGUUACAUUUAAAUGAUGAUGAGGAAGAAGACAAAACUGAUAAUACGGUAAUUGCAGCACAAGCAAGUACUGUGAAACGAAUAAUUAGCGAUAAAAAUGGAAUGGAUAUUAGCACUUUGUCAACAUCAUCACAAGCGAGUAAUGGAUCCAGGCAAGGGAAUCAGCCAUCAUUAACACCUCCAUCGUUAGCUCCUCCAGUAAAGAAUCGCAGUAUAUCUAAUUCCCCAAUUGUUGAGUCAAGCACCACACUCCCUAACUUGACAGUUGAAUCAGGUUUAGAUAAAACAAAAGAUCGAAAUUUAUGGGCUCCCACGGAUAUACCACCAUCUCAAUGGACUAAGUUUACGGAAUCUCCAACAUCAAAUGUAUCCAGUCCUGGUCCCAAACCAGUAAAUUUUGAUAUGCAGCGAACUGCACAAGCUGUGGUGUCAGACCCACAAAUAUUGCAUCCUGUACCUUUACGAGUCACCCCAGUUGCAGGUACACUUUCUGGAAAUGCAAUAGUUGCCACUGAAACUGUUAAUCAGGACGUCCACGAAUUGCCAUAUAAUAAAAACACAAGUCCUAAACAAAUGUCAGCUGCUUCUACAACUACAAUGCCAUCAAAUCCCAACAACAAUAACCCAGGAAAUAUUGUAAUACAUAAUAGGGAGUCUCUCCAAGCUAAUGAUUUAAGAGCUAUACAGCGUCCUCAAGCAAAAAAAUUAUUAACAAAAAAUAUUGGAGCCUUACCUCCACCACCCCAAAGGGAGCCAUGUAUAAGCAGUAACUCUGGAAUCUCAAGCAAUUCUUUUACGAGCAUAGUUCUUUCCGCUGGUAACGGAGAUGACAUCGAAGUAGUCAAUAGCGGCCAAAAGCAACAAUUAUUACAAAAUAAAAACGAUCCUCCUCCAUUACCACCGCCGCGACCCCAUCGGCAUGGCCGGAGUAGUAGUUUGGAUUUAAACAAAUUUAAAAUUUCUACAUCGGGUUAUCAACAGACAGAGAUUACAGCACAGGCAAGUUUUGAUCUACAGACCUCUACUGGUUUUGCUGAUUUCACACAAUUUUAUAAUAAUGAUUUGAAAGACGCAGACUCUGAUCAACAACAGUAUUCUUUACCGCAAUCGCAGCAAACAUUAUCAUCACUAUCCACUAUUGCAAUGCCCCCAACACGUGUCUCAUUGCAACAGUCCAAUCAAAGGGUUUCUGCGUUUGAAGUGUAUAGAAAACCAAAUACACCACGGAGUUCACAAUCGCCUAUACAACUGAAUAAUAGAAUACAACAAAGUCAGCCGCUCCCUCCAAUAUCUAAAUCAUUUGGAGCAAUCGGUAAUGCCGUAACGACACAGCAUUUACAAUUAGUUAACUCAUUACCAAAUGCAGACUUGUAUGAAGAACGUAUCAAUGCUAUUAGCGAGACUUUAAAACAUGUGUCAUUUAGGCAGGAUAACUGUAUGGGUGAUGUGUUGAGGCACCUUCGCGAGCAAAAUAAUAUCUUGUUGCGUUUGUGCAACGAUUUAAGUGAUGAAUUACUCUCUGUACAGACCCGGAAAGAAGAACUACGAGUUAAAAUGGAAGCGAUUGCAUUAACCGACUUUUCAAUAAGAAACUGCAAUCAUCAGCAAACACAAAUAGGAGCGCUAACAAAUUCAUCCACUUCUGAACCAGUAUCUGCUAAUCUUUCUGGUGCGUCAGGCAACUCUGGAAUACAUUCAAAUGUUUAAGCUCAUUAGAAAGAAUGAAAAACUCUGGUGUUAUAUUUAUUUUAAAUUUCCCUCUCAUUAAGUUUUAAAUUUUAUAAUUCUAAAAUAAUUAUAAUUUCAGCA